UUGGAUAUCCGCCUGCAGCCAUGGCUACCGCUCAAGUGAUUAGACCUGGUCCCAUUGGACAGCCCGAUAUCGACUAUGCCCCGAAUCUCGACAAGUACCUUGCUCGUGUUGCACGUCGCAAGGAGACCGAGCAGCUUGGCAACGAGCUGCCAGAAGGCUUUCCGAAGGAAUUGAAGUCGGAUCUUGUUUGGGACGGGAGCACGAUUGCGAAGGAGUAUAACUUCGUUUAUGAGUUGACUGCCAAAGACCUCGACGAGAUCGAAGCUGCGUUAGUCCAUUUUAAAUCUUUGAACAAGCCGCUUGGCUUCAUCAACCAGGACACUUUCCCGCUGCCUGGCCUGCACGCCAAUCUUCGCGAGAUUUCGGACGAAGUUCACAACCGACGCGGCUUCAAGGUUCUUCGAGGUCUGCCAUUCGAAAAGCAUGAUCGCGAAGAGAACAUCAUCAUUUACGCUGGAGUCUCUUCGCACGUCGGCCCAAUCAGAGCUCGUCAAGACCACCAAUAUGAUGGCAAACCAGCCGAUGUUGUGCUGGCUCACAUCAAAGAUCUGAGUGCCAUCGUAGAUGCCAACAAGAUCGGUGCACCCGCGUACACUACUGACAAACAAGUCUUUCACACGGAUGUCGGCGACGUGAUUGCAUUGGCCUGUCUCGAGACAGCUGCUGAGGGCGGCGAAAGCAAGCUUUCCAGCUCCUGGACUGUCUAUAACGAGCUGGCUAGGACGCGACCAGAUCUUAUUAAGACUUUGGCGGAACCCUGGGCGAGCGAGAAUUUCAGUGGAAGAGGCGAGAAGUACUCGUUGAAGCCACUGCUUCACUAUCAACCCAGCACCGAAUCUACCCCGGAGCGACUGAUCAUUCAGUAUGCGAGGCGGACCUUUACCGGCUACUGGGGCUUGCCCAGGUCUUCGGAUAUCCCUGCUAUUACUGAAGCUCAGGCAGAAGCUCUGGACGCUCUGCAUUUCCUUGCAGAGAAGCAUGCUGUCUCUCUUGGCUUCAAGAAGGGUGAUGUGCAGUACGCCAAUAACCUGUCUAUUUUCCACGCGCGAGACGCCUUUAAGGACACCCCAGAUCAGCAACGCCACCUUGUGCGACUUUGGCUACGCGACCCUGAGCAUGCUUGGCCAACGCCCGAGGCUUUAAAGUCGAGAUGGGGCAUAUACGAUGGCGUGACUCCUGAAAACUCCGUGUUCCCAUUAGAGCCAAAGAUCCGAAGUGCAAGUGCAAGUGCAGGGAGCAGCAACAAUAAACCUCUUGAGUAGUUCACUCUUUGCCGCAUGUCUAUGCGAUGGCCCGAUGGAAGGUCGGACCGAGAGAGGUUCAUCCCAUGCAGCCCGAUAACUAGCUUCAUCCCAACAUGUUGGUGGUCCCGCGAGCGUAGCAUGUAGCGCACGUGGCAGUACGGCACAGAAACCCUAGCCCCGUAACCUUGUUUCCACUUCUGAUGUGCUGUGAGGGAAAGUCGAAUCGAAUCGGACGUUGAAGUACACCGAGGGCUCAACGGGUGUCUCCAAGAGCUAGUUUCGCGUUAUCAGUAUGCAGUGCUUAUUCCGUCUCUCGCCGUGUGCAUCCUCUGGUAGCAUUUGGCUGAGCCAAGCACUCCGCCAAUGCGACCAUUGGCUGUCGUGCGAA